AUGGCUCUCAGACCAUGCAAAGUUAUUGUCGCGGGAGGCGGUGUUGCCGGGCUUUCUCUGGCACUUAUGCUGGAGAAGCAUGGCAUUGACUUUUUGCUUUUAGAAGCAUACCCAGAUGUCGUGGCUGCUGUUGGCGCUGGCAUUGCCCUAGCUCCCAAUGGCCUUCGUCUUAUUGAACAGUUGGGUUGCUAUGAGGAUUUGCAGAAAUGUUCGGCAGGCGCUGACCAAGUUCACUUUCGGAAGCCUGAUGGAGAGAUACUCUGGGGGAUGGACGAAGGAUUGGCUGAGGCGUGUAUUGAGAAGCAUGGGUAUACUUAUGCCUGGAUGGACAGGAAGUCUCUCCUAGAGGUUUUGUACAACAACAUUGCGAACAAAUCGAAGAUUUUGCCUGGCAAGCGUGUGGCCAGCGUCACACAUACCGACGAAGGUGUUGAUGUUGUCACAACUGAUGGGUCAACGUACUCUGCCGAUAUUAUCGUUGGAACGGACGGUACCCACUCCAAGUUGAGGCAGGAAAUGGCUAGGUACGCCAAAGACCUUGGGCUGAGCAAGGAUUAUGCGGAAGAAGACAGCGCUGGUCCUGCUGACCGCGUCUAUUGGUUCCUGAUGAAGAAGAUGAAGCAGACAUACUAUGGCGCUGACAUCCCCCGAUUCACUGAAGAAGAUAAGCAGCGCACGCUCCAAGAGCACUGGAAUGACCAGGUCACGCCAGAUGUUCGCCUGUCUGAUCUCUGCGAGCGUCAGUUGAGCACAAUAUAUACACCCAUGCCAGAGUUUGUCUACAAGAAAUGGCACCUGGGAAGGAUUAUUACCAUUGGAGACGCUUGCCACAAGGUCCUCCCUAUUACCGCGCAAGGGGGCAAUCAGGCUUUAGAGAGCGCCGCGGCUGUGGUAAAUGGUUUGAUGACAGCGUUAUCGCAGGCUUCGGGCUCAGGCCCGCUCUCCCAGGCGGAGAUUCAGUCGAUGUUCGAGCGAGUGCAGGACAUCCGCGAGCCGCGCACCUUUGAUAUUAUCAAAACCACUCAUCAACGACAGAAGUUGGAUUCAAUGGAUACUCCGGAGCUGAAAGAGUUUCUGCUUACUAAGUAUGCAAGGCUGAUGCCAGGAGCAUUGUGGAAACGAUGGGCGGAUACAUUUACCCCGGCCGUGUCUUUGAAUAUGCUCGAUCUGCCUGCUAGACCGAAGAGUGUUCCCUUUGACGAUGAGGCCCUGAGAAAUGCAGGAAAUAAUGACACCAGCUCAGUGAUAUCAGUCAUGGACGAACUACCCGGCCAUCUCAAUCAGCGAGCAUCAGACACUAUCGCCCAUGUUGCCGCACCGGGCGGACAGGAAGCGCCAGUAUCUCCCCGGAAGAGAGAACAUGAGAGCGGCAUGGAUCAUGAGAGUCAUAGCUUAGGGAUUGAGAAGCUUCAGCAAAGCAGACCGAUGGAAUCGCGUCCCGCGGAUAACGAGGACCGUGCCAACGGAUCAGCGACAUCGGAUACCAUGAAUACUGGGGAGCGGAGCAAUAGGGAGGAGGCUGUACACCGGUUUGGUGCGCUUGUCAGCGACCACGAACUAAAUAGGUUCCCCAGCCAACCCACAGUGAACGGCGACCAGAAAAGCGGUCAGCCUGCACUUCCAUCAGACCAGGCCCUAGGGAUGGUCUUCGAACACUCGUUGGAGGGUGCGGACAGUGCAGAUCAUCGUACGACACCGAGAACCUCCUUAGUGGAUGUUUUUGAAGGUCCCGACGUGGCUUCCGUCUUCCAUCAGUGGUCGCGAAACACAUCACCUGUCAGGAACCAAGAUAAGGAGCAGGAGCGGGUAGUGAAGCUAUCUCCGGCCAGGAUGCAGGAACUCGCAUCAUCCCCUCAGUCUAUUCCUUAUCGUGCAGCACCCCCGGAAUCAGACCGCGGUCGACGUGCAGUGUCAGAUGGCAUGCAUGCAGCGAUCUCCCCAUCGCAGCCUGACCAAUCUGCAACUCUUCUACCGAGCGAGCAGAAAGUAACCGGCGAUAGCGUUCCCAAACUUCGUCCCAACAAAGAUCUUGCCAUCGACGUCUCUGCUGCAACGGCAGCCAAGCAACCUGUUCGGAGUCGGCCGCAAGGCUCUCGGGCUGUUUCUACUCCCAAUUCGCGACGGCAAACCAUGCCGACGACUAGUGAACGACUGACGCAGACCUGGACAUCUCGGGGGAAACAAGAGCGCGCUUCUCUCAGCCGAGAGUCAGAUGGAAAGCACCUUACCCCGUCGCCACACAUCACUGGCACUGAGCCUGCUCUACCGUCCCCUAUGCCCCCAACCAUUCCUCUCCCUCCGUUGUCUGUUCCGACAUACCUACAAUUAGAACUGGCCUCAGGUCGGCCGUCUCCACUAUACAUUCAUCGCUCUGCAAUGAGCGAUUUUCCAUAUGAAUCUUCUCGAGUCAAGCUUGAACGCCUAAUGAACUUUUUGAUGUUGCCUCCCGCAUUGGAACGGGUUCUCUGGUUCGGUAUAUUAGCGUGUCUCGAUUCCUGGUUGCAUACGUUUACCAUUCUUCCUCUUCGUUUUGUCAAAGCAUUGUACAUUCUCUUGGAGUCUUGGGCUGUCAAUCUCGGCGUUGAGUUUCGUUAUGUGACAGGGUUCAUUUUCAAAGGUGUUGGGCGAGUGUGGCGGAGGCGACUCCGAGCAUCAUCGACGGACGAGUCUUCGAAAAUCGCUGACCCUGGGAGGUCCACCUCUGAGAAGCAGGAGAACGGGUCAGUGGAACGAGAAUCUCGCAAUCGGGCCACAGAACCGCGCAAGCGUCAUCAUAAGCACCGGCGGCAGAAGAGCAUCCCAUCGGCUUUGAUGCCAGAUGACAAGGCUGACAUCCUUAAAGGACUGCUCAUCAUAGCUACCUGCUGCGUGUUAAUGCGCUUCGAUGCAAGUCGGAUGUAUCACUGGAUCCGAGGACAGGCUGCGAUCAAACUUUAUGUUAUCUACAAUGUGCUAGAGGUCAGCGAUCGGCUAUUCGCUGCCAUUGGACAAGACGUGCUUGAGUGUUUGUUUUCGCGCGAAGCUCUCGAGCGUCGCCCGGACGGACGCAGCAAGGUCUUCCGACCAUUCGGACUGUUUUUGCUGGCAUUGGCAUAUACAGUCAUUCACGCAACGGCCCUCUUUUAUCAGGUGAUGACCUUGAACGUCGCGGUGAAUUCGUAUUCGAACGCGCUUAUUACUCUGCUGCUCUCGAACCAGUUUGUCGAGAUCAAGUCCACAGUCUUCAAGAAAUUCGAGAAGGAAAAUUUGUUCCAACUUCUCUGCGCAGAUGUGGUUGAACGUUUCCAGCUCUGGUUGAUGCUUACCAUCAUCGCAUCGCGCAACCUUGUCGAGACCGGAGCGUUCAACGCCCUUGGUAGCUUGAGUUUCAGUCUUGGAGGAUACACAUCCACGGGGACAAACAGCACGCCCCUAUCGACUCCUCCCCGGACCUCCUCAUCCAUCCUGCCACAGGCCUUUACCAUUGUGCCAUCAUCCAUCAUUGCGUCCUUUAGUCAGGUGAACACGUAUUUGCCGACACUCGCACAGGUCUUAGGGCCGUUCCUGGUUGUUUUAGGGUCGGAAAUGCUAGUGGAUUGGCUAAAACAUGCCUAUAUUGGCAAAUUCAACAACACACGACCAGCCAUCUACGGGCGGUUCCUGGAUAUCCUGGCGAAAGACUACUACACCAACGCCUUUGCAGACCAGAACCUGACCCGCCGUUUAGGUUUGCCGGUGAUUCCACUAUCUUGCCUCUUCUUCCGAGUCUCCGUCCAAACAUACCAGAUGUUCAUCACAGCCUUGCUUCCUCAACAGCCCUCCUCCACAGCGGUAGAGGCCACCACCCUAUCCGCUAUUCACAGCCAGUAUGUGCCGGCUCCAAUGCCCUCACCACCUCCAUUGACGCUACGAAACUUCAUCCCGACGUCAACCGCAUACGCGGGUGCCUUCUUCCGCCAGCUUCUAGCCAACACCAUGCCGUCACCAGCCCAAUCAGUAUACAUCUUCACCAUAGUCCUCAUCUUAACGGGCUUCGUGGUACUCCUAAUCCUGAAGCUUCUUCUGGGCAUGGUCUUGCUAGCGUACGCACGUUCUCGGUACAAGGCGAUGAAGCUGCGCGAAUCAUCCAGUCAAGCCAAUGCCUCAUCUGCAGCACCUGCCGAUGAAUCCAACGGGACAGCCCCCCGUGGACGAGCAUUUGCAGUUGAGGGCAGCCGACGAUUUGGCGGAUGGGGCGUGGUUGAGGUUAACGAUGAUCAUCGACGAUGGAUCUAUGCGGAUGACCCUGAGGGACUGCGGCGGCUGAAGGCCAAAGAAGAGAAAGACAAGAAUACCAAGGAGGACCUGAACAUGGAUCAUGUCCAACGAUAUGAGAUGGUGGCCAAGAGGAUCUGGUAGACGGUGAAUAUAGAUAUUUUUGUAAUUAGCUUAUGUACAUCCUAGGAGUAAUAAUUCUUACA